AUGGUGGAAUUAAGUCUGGGAGUCUUUUUCCGAUCGUUUAACGCAUCAAAAGUAAUUCUCUGCGCUUGUCUGCUAAUUUUCACGGCAUUAUUCACGUUAAAACUCGAUGGAAAAGUCUCAUUUAGCUACGCAUUCGUUUUUGCGCCGCUAUGGGCCUGUAAUCUCCUAGUUUUCGUCGGAGCCAUCGUCGGAAUUUGCUCUUUUUGCUCAAAACCACCGUCGAGAAACGAAAUUGUGAUGCGUGUCGACUUUUCGGCUAUGCUAAUCACUGCUACCGAGCACAUUUUUCUUUGUACAUUUGUUUCGCUGGUUUUUAUUAAGCUAGAAUUCGAUUAUCUCUUCGAACCAGGAUAUCCACUUCCAUGGACAAUUGUAUUCUGUCCAUUAUUCUCUUUAUCAAUAUUAUCAAUUGGAAUAGCUAUAUGGUCCCUCCGGCAUGAUAAACCAUUCGAAUUUGAAUUUUUCUACGCAAUUAAUAUUGUUCAGCUGGUUUUUAUCGCUUUCAAGCUGGAUAAACAGGUCGAUUGGACAUGGGCAGUCGUAUUCAUACCUCUAUGGGUGGUCCUUUCCCUUGCCGCUGUCGGUGUUCUCUACGCUCUUGUGCUCUCCGUUGUGCUCAUCAGAUCUCGUCAUUUCAUUCCGGCUCACCGUCGCCAACACGUUUAUUCUGCGAUUUUACACACGUUUUUCGUAAUUCCAGCGCUGGUAUGCCUUGUACUGCUUACUGGAAAGCUUGAUUCGAUGAAUUGGCCGGAUAAAGGAUCAGUAUCAGAAUUGAGCUAUACGCUCGCAAUGGCUCCACUUCAAGUAUCAUUUUUCUUCAUGGCAAUCAUGUCAGCAGGCUUUGGAGGCCCCUCUUCAACACCACAAACCAAUAUUUGGUGGUUUGGAUUAAGGAAACCCCUUUGCCCAUUUUUAUUGGAAAAAUGUCCAUCUCUGAGAACAUAUGCUAAUGUUAGCUAUCGAAUUGGUGGAACUAAUCGAGCUGAUAAUGAGCCAGAAAACGGUGAAGAACGUGAAGCAGUGAUUGGUGAGGAGAAUGAGGAAAGGGAUGAAGCCGAUGUGGGGGCAAUUGUUAAUGGAAAUGAACGAAGAAGAAAUCAAAGAGAUAAAGGAAGAGGUUCCGGUGGAUCACAGAAUAGUCAGGAGGGAGGGCAAAAUCCAUCUGAACAAAUAGCCUCCUCAUCGGCAGCAAUUAUCCGAGCAAUGGCUCAAUACAGAAAUGAAUUUGGAUAUCAGUGGAAAGGCGAUAUUUCUCAACCGGAUUAAUUCUUUUUUUUUCGGAUUUUUUUUUGUUUUUUGUUUUGCUAACACUUUGUGUAAAAUACCCCUGCGAAAAAGUAGAAAAUCGGAUUUUUUUCGUAUUUUUGACCCAAAAUUUUGCAAUUUUUUGAUAAUUUUAGUGUAAAAAUUGGAAAUUUUCAAAGUUUCUUUGUGAAAAAUUGAAUUUUUCCAGCUUUUGUAUAUAAAAAUUCGUAAAUUUCAAUUUUUUUAGACUGAAAAAUAUAAAAUCCUGAAUUUUUGAGUUUUUCCUCUAAAAAAUCUGAGUUUUUCAAAAAAAAAUUUAGUGUGAAAAGAGUUUUUCAAAAAAAAUUUAGUGUGAAAAAUUGCGAUUUUCAAGGGUUUUCUAUGUGAAAAAUUUGAAAAAUUCAAUUUAUUUAGACUGAAAAUCCUGAAUUUUUGAGUUUUUUUCCUCUAGAAAAUCUGGAGUUUUUUCAGAAUUUUCAGAGUAAAAAAUUCGAAAAAUUCCAUUUUUUAUACAGUAAAUUCAUAAUUUACAAUUUUUUUUUUAACUUUUUGCCGAAAACUUGGAAUUUUGUGAGAAUUUCUAUGUAAAAAGCCGGAUAAACGCGUGAUUUGUCCAAUUUUUAGUUUACAAAUUUGAAAUUUUCCGGCUUUUUUGCCAUGAAUCCAAAAUUUCGGAGUUUUUUCUCAAAAAAUGCGGAAAUUUUUCGAUUUUCUCUCUCUGAAAAUCCAGAGUUUUUUUUUUCAAUUUUUAGUGUAAAAAUUCAAAAAUUUUUGAGUUUUAGUGUGAAAAAUCGUGAUUUUCUAUGUGGAAAAUCGAAAAAUUCAAUUUAUUUAGUCUGAAAAUCAUGAAUUUUCCGAUAAUUUUACUGAAAAAAAUCGAGAUUUUUCCAAUUUUUAGUGUAAAAAAUCCGAAUUUUCGAGUUUUCUAUGUCAAAUUUUGGAAUUUUUCCGAUAAUUUUAGUGUAAAAACUGAUUUUUUUCAUAUUUUUUAAACUUAAAAUCCGUAAUUCCGCCUUUUUUCCCUUGAAAAUUUGUGAAUUUCCAAGUAUUUUAUUGUAAAAAUCCAAUGUUUCCUUAUUUUUCCCCAAAAAUCCCACUAUUUUCCAUUUUUUUUUCCCCUGUAAAUAGGUCUCACCACGACGAGAUUACUGUAGUUUUACUGUUUACGUGCUUUAAUCUUCCAAAUUUUGAUUUUUUUAAAAAAUUUUUUCUUUCGCGAAUAUUUUUUGAUCUCUAAAAAUUCCAAUUUU